AUGGCGGAAGGACGCAGAGAACAGCCGCCUCAUCCCCUCUUUUCCUUACCACCGGCCAGCAAGCGACCCUGCCUGCGCCCUGCACCGCGGGGUCCCGGGCCGGGGCCCGGCCACAGCAUGCCCAGCUCCCGGUAUCGUUCCCCGGAGUCCCUGCUGGACUGCGCCGCGAAGGCGGUAGCGGAGAAGUGGGCCUUCGAGAGAGUUGAGGAGCGCUUCGAGCGGAUCCCGGAGCCCGUCCAGCGCCGCAUCGUCUACUGGUCCUUUCCCCGCAACGAAAAGGAGAUAUGCAUGUACUCGUCGUUUCAGUGCCGUGUGGCCGGCGAGGAGGGUCCGGUGGCGGCUACUGGCGGCGCUGCGAGUGCCGGCUCCGGAGCUACGACCGCCGCUGCUGGUGGAGGAUCCGCCGCCGGUACGGCAGCUACGGCGGGGGCAGCCGGAGCGCUGGGAACCGGAGACGGACUGCCAUUCCGCCGCGGUAUCCGGCUGCUGGAGACCGGCUGUGUGGAAAACGUUUUACAAGUUGGCUUUCACCUCAGUGGCACAGUAACUGAACCCACCACAUCAUCAGAGCCAGAGGUCACACACAAGGUGGCCAUCAGCUUCGACCGCUGCAAGAUAACCUCAGUCACUUGUGGCUGCGGGAACCGGGAUAUAUUCUACUGUGCGCAUGUGGUGGCGCUGUCACUUUACCGGAUUCGCAAGCCUGAACAGGUGAAGCUGCGGCUGCCCAUUUCCGAGACGCUGUUCCAGAUGAACAGAGACCAGCUGCAGAAGCUGGUCCAGUAUCUGAUAACAGCCCACCACACUGAGGUGCUGCCCACCGCUCAGAAACUGGCUGAUGAGAUCCUCUCCUCCAACUCUGAGAUCAACCAGGUUCAUGGUGCACCAGACCCAACUGCAGGUGCCAGCAUUGACGAUGACAACUGCUGGCAUCUGGACGAGGAUCAGGUCAGGGAGCAAGUUAAACAGUUUCUAUCCCAGGGAGGAUACUACGGCUCUGGGAAGCAGCUCAACUCCAUGUUUGCUAAGGUGCGGGAGAUGCUACGAAUGCGAGACUCCAACGGCGCCCGAAUGCUGACGCUCAUAACGGAACAGUUUAUGGCGGACCCUCGUCUGUCGCUAUGGAGACAGCAGGGCACGGGCAUGACGGACAAGUGUCGGCAGCUGUGGGAUGAGCUGGGUGCACUGUGGGUGUGUGUGGUGCUAAACCCCCACUGUAAAAGUGAGGAGAAAAGCACCUGGCUCAAGCAGCUGAAGAAGUGGGGGGACAUGGACGUCUGCCCACUGGAGGAUGGCAACUACGGCAGCGAGCUUCCAAACAUCACUAACGCUCUUCCACAGAGCAACCUCGCACAGGACUCUGUGUCAAGGCCGAGGAGGACAGUGUUCACCCGGGCCAACGAAGCCUGUGACCUCCACUGGCAGGACAGUCACCUCCAGAGGAUCAUCAGCAGCGAUUACUACAUGUCCCCGUCCUACCAGAGAGAGGGGGAGAGCCUGCUCUUCAACCCACAGGGUCUGCCGCUGUGGCUCGACCAUGUACCAACAGCAUGCGCUCGCGUCGAUGCCCUGCGGUCCCACGGUUACUCCAGGGAAGCCCUGCGAUUGGCUGUUGCUAUCAUCAAUACACUUCGCCUCCAACAGCAGAGACAGAUGGACAUCUACAAACACCAAAAGAAAGAGCUCCUCCAGAGGGGUGUGACCUCCACCACCAACCUAGAAGGCUGGGUCGGUCAUCCCUUAGACCCGAUUGGCUGUCUCUUCAUCACUCUCACAGAAACCUGCCGCGUGGAUGAUGACAACAGCAUGGAUACCGGAGAGGGAGAACCCAGACCUCCAGUCUACCACCAUGUGCCAGUGUGGGGUUGUCCUGAUGCUGGGGAGUCGUACCUGACUCUGGCUUUAGAGGUGACUCUCAUGGGUAUGGGCCAGCAGAGGAUCAUGCCCGAGGGCCUUUAUGCUCAGGAUAAGGUUUGUCGUAACGAGGAGCAGAUCGUUGCAAAACUUCAAGAACUGGAGCUGGAUGACCUCCUGGUUCAGACUCUUCGGAAACAGGCCAUACAGCUCCUAGAUGCCGGUCCCUUCAGCGGUCUUGGGGAAGUCAUCCACAGGGAGAGUGUUCCAAUGCACACCUUCGCCAAGUACCUCUUCUCCGCCCUGCUGCCAUAUGACGCUGACCUGGCGUAUAAGGUGGCUCUCCGUGCAAUGAGGCUGCCAGUGUUGGAGUCAUCAGGAGGCUCCGGGGACGUGGGCCACCCUCACCAUGGCAUCUCCAUAGUUCCAAGUAGAUACCCCCGCUGGUUCACACUGGGACACCUGGAGUCACAGCAGUGCGAGCUGGCCUCCACCAUGCUCACCGCUGCUAAAGGUGACAUGUUGAGGUUGCGGACGGUGCUGGAGGCCAUCCAGAAAAACAUCCACUCCUCUUCCUUAAUCUUCAAACUGGCCCAGGACGCUUUUAAGAUCGCCACACCCGCAGACAACCCGCCUGAUAUAACCUUACUCAACGUAGCACUGGAGCUCGGCCUGCAGGUGAUGAGGAUGACUCUGUCAACACUGAACUGGAGAAGGAGAGAGAUGGUUCGCUGGCUGGUUACCUGUGCCACUGAAGUCGGUCUGCGGGCAUUGGUCAGCAUCUUACAGAGCUGGUACACUCUCUUCACACCGACCGAGGCCACCAGCAUCGUGGCAGCCACCGUCAUGUCCCACAACACCAUCCUGCGCCUCAGCCUCGACUACCCCCAACGUGAGGAGCUGGCCAGCUGUGCAAGGACCCUGGCCCUGCAGUGUGCCAUGAAGGACCCCCAGAACUGCGCUCUGUCAGCUCUGACACUAUGCGAGAAGGACCACAUCGCCUUCGAGACGGCCUAUCAGAUCGUGAUUGACGCAGCGUCCACGGGAAUGACGUACUCCCAGCUCUUUACCAUUGCAAGGUACAUGGAGCACAGAGGAUAUCCUCUGCGAUCAUUCAAAUUGGCCUCCCUUGCAAUGACACAUCUUAACCUGGCGUACAACCAGGACACACACCCAGCUAUUAACGAUGUGCUCUGGGCCUGCGCACUUAGCCACUCUUUGGGUAAAAAUGAGCUUGCAGCCAUUAUUCCCCUGGUGGUCAAGAGUGUGCACUGCGCCACAGUGCUGUCUGACAUCCUCAGACGGUGCACCAUGACAGCGCCGGGUCUUGCCGGCAUCCCUGGGAGAAGGAACUCUGGGAAGCUGAUGUCAACAGACAAGGCACCAUUGCGGCAGCUCCUAGAUGCCACAAUCUCAGCUUACAUCAACACCACGCACUCUCGACUGACGCACAUCAGUCCGCGGCACUAUGGAGAGUUCAUAGAGUUUCUGAGUAAAGCAAGGGAGACUUUCCUGCUGGCACAGGAUGGCCACAUUCAGUUUGCCCAGUUCAUAGACAACCUGAAACAGAUCUACAAGGGCAAGAAGAAACUGAUGAUGUUGGUCAGGGAGCGCUUCGGCUGACCUCCCCCCUCCCUCAAAGGGAUGCUCUCCCUGGGAAGAAAUUGAACGUAUUUGUUUCUAUUUAAGUAUUUUUUUAGAUUAUUUGUAUUUUUUACUUAUGUUGAGCCAUUUGUUGACUAAGUCAUAAGUUUUGGUCCCUGUUUUGUUGUUUUGUUUCUUGAAUGUGAACCAGGAAGUGUUUGCAGUACAUUGCUCUACUUCAUUGAGACUGCAAAAGAGGGGAAAUGGCUUGAAAUGUCAAAGAAUACCAACAAAAACAAAGUGUUUAACCCGCCAGCCAACUAAUGUUGAAUCGAUGAUAAAAACAUCAAGAGAUUGUGAUAACAAAAAAGCUAAAAGAACUUUGUUUUUCAGUGGCACAUGACGAUAUGAGAAACCAAAUGAUUUUGUUGGAUGGGGUACAUACUUUGAGCCAGAAGACGCUUUCAGCUGCGCUUAAGAUGAAGUGUAUUUAAAAGUGGAAGAGAUAUGUUAUUCCAAACAUAAAGAGCCACUGAGGUGGAAAACACACAUAGUGUUGCUGUCAUACCUCAACUGUAUUAUUUGUCAGCUUUAACUUCUCUAUCAGAAAUGGCCUCUUGUUUCAUCCAGGGCAUCUUAGAGUAGAGAGGCCAGAAUACAGAACUGCACACACGUGGUCUUUCUGUGGAAGAAGUCAACACCAACAGGUUUAAAGCCACUCUAGACUUGCUCCUUUCCUCUACACCUGCUGGUCAGUGCUUUCCAUUAUCAAUAUCUCCAGAGGAUGAACCAUGUUGCUUCAUAGGAAGCAUGUUUCCAAAUCCAGCAGCCUGAUAGCGACAUUAUUCAACCUGUUCAUGCUAAGGUAGAGUAGUAGAGGUUUCACACGCACAUUAUUUUACUGUAUCUCUCUUAUAUCCUCCCGAAAGAUCAUUGAAAGUGACAAAAAUAUAACUUGAUGAACAGUGGGUUCACAGAAAGCCCAUCUCUAGAGAUACCACUGCACCGCUCUGUAUAGCUACUUGUGGCCAAGACCUUUUAAAUCUGUACGACUCCAUCGAUGACUUCUCACAUGCUAGAUCAAGAUUUAGUGAAUGAGCGAUAGUAGGCGAGUCUUCUUAAUUUGUAUCAUCCAGUGGCAUUGACUUCCCUGUCUUGUAUUCUGUUAGGAAGCCUUGGACCAUGUGGACUUCAGUGACUCUGCCUGUAACUAAAGUCCCUUUUCCGUUUCUAAAACUUCAGUGGGAACUCUUUGUUCCACACAACCCAGAACAUAAAUGCACAGUUCCUUCCCACAACCCGUCAAAAAUCACUGUUUAUACAAACUAAAGCCGGCAUGAUCUGCAUUUCAAGCAGCAGCAUCAGAAAAUACAUAAUAAACAAGGAAAUAACAAGGUAGACAUUAAAUUUCGUCCAGAUUGGAAAAAAAGCCAUCUAAAAUGUUUACCAUGAAUAUAUAUAUUAGAACCAAGCUUAAACCACUAACAAGGCUUUACUUGUUAAUAUUUUUGUUAUAGCAAUCGAACAAAUAAUUGAAAUGUGAGGAAAAACCCAAACUAUGCUCUUACCGUCCACUCGACUCUAUUAACCAUCAUGUUAGCAUCAGUAAAGAACUGUUAAGGUUCAGUUGUCUCACAUCAACUUUUUUAGCUGGUCAUUAGCUAGUAAGCUGUUAGCUAAUAAAUAUAAUGGAGGUUUUAGCAAGUAAAUAUUUUGCUUACAUUAUUUUAAAUGGCCUGAAAAUUACUAAAUUAACGCUGAGAAUUGCUAAACGGGACUUUAGCAAAUGUCGCUAAAUCAACUGUAUAAAUCAGUUAUGGUGGUUUAGGCAGUGUGCAGAUAUACAGAAAAAGACAAUUUGCUAUCAUUUGUGAUUAAAAAAUGUAAAUAUUUAUAACAUUUAAAAAAAAAACAAGAACUGAAGAAACUGCACUUACCAUUCCCAUUUUGGCUGAUAUGCUAAUAACUAAAGGAACAUGCUAAGAAACUUUUUGUGGUUUCAAAUCCAUGUCACUCCCAAACCUAAGUUUCUACUGGUCUUAAACCUUUAUGGAGAAGGGUCUGUAGUUACAAAAGCUACUUUGCUGUGUAUGCUACUGGUUGUGCUAAUUCUGGACUGUGAAAAUGAAUGGACAUGUCUCAAAGGGUUGCAGAAACAAUGCACAUAUGAAAAAAUACUGUAUAUUUUAUGUCUUAGUGAUGUAAGCGUACAUAUUUGAGACAACAUGCCUCGGCACAGGAAGUUGUUUGUCUCUACGGGGGCCGUAUAGGUCCUCUUUCUUUCUAACCCAGUGGCAUAGUGUUGUUAAAGGCAGUAUAGAGUACAACAAGCUCUGAACUGGUCUUCGUACUAGCACUUCACACAAAUACCUCUUCAGUACGUUCCUGCCAGCUUCAGCAUUUAUUUAUUGAUUGUUUAGAAACUUCGUGUGACUGAGUCGGGAUCGCAUCCACAAAACAGAACUGGACUUAAAACGGACAAAAAAGUCACAACAGAGGAGUCGGCCUGUCGACGGUAGGAGGAUAAAAAAGAGUACGGUUUUUGAAUGGAGGAACAUUUUCUUACUUGAUUUUACAUUCCAUAAGAGCUACCUUCACCCGCUACCCAGGUAGUCAGUCACAGCUCUGGGCCUUUUUUUUUUUUUAUCUGAACAAAUGCAGAUAGUUGAAUGAGGAAGAUGAAUAAAAGGAAAAUUGAGCAAAAGAAAGAAAAGUAGAGAGAGAGGCUAAACUCAGUUCUCAGGGACAUCACUUAAAGAAACAAAACAAAAACUAGUAGAAUUAAGCAUUUAAGAUAUUGUAAAUAUUAAAGUGUCAAUUCAGAAAAUUGUAAAGUUAUAAUUAUUUAUGAUAAGUAUGUUAUGUGUUUGGUCUUUUUCUUUAUUUUUACGUUCUUUUCGGCGAGGGUGUACUUGAAUUGUUUUGGACCGGGUGGGUUUGUCGGCGUUUUUUUGUAAGAGCAAAGACUUCAAGGCAUUUCUCAGGUGCUCCUGUGUACAUUUCUUGCAGUUGUUUUUUUGCUAUAAUAAUUAUUGUUUGUGUUUUUUUAUUUUUAGAUUUGCAAAGAAAUAAAAAAAAAUCUGUUUUCCAAAAGGAGGCAUGUUAUUUGGGAGCUGAAGAAAAAAUGAGCAAGGCAUUCAUUUGUAAACAGAUACGUACUAAACCUGACUAUGCAGAACCACUUCGUUGGUCUUGUCACCUCUUAAAGACGCCCUCUGAAAACCUCCCCCGGCAAAGAGGACGAGACGGUGUUGGGGGGGCGGGCGGACAAAGACAAGACCCAGCAUGCUUGUAUUUGGACAGCGCGCAGUAGCCAGCCUGCAUUCGCUGCAACAUUUAGAGGAAAAAAAGAAAAAAGGUGAAAAAUGCCUUUCUGACCGAUCAAUGUACAAAGAUUAUUUUUGCUUACCUUCUUUGUUGUUUUUUAUUUAAUCAGGACUCAAGCCUUUAGUGUCUUCUCAGCUGUUGUGUGGCAGCACCGCAUUGAGACAGAACAUAUAUACACAAGAGUCAGAAACAGAAACGGUAUGAACAAUAGCGAUGGCCUGCGAAUGAACGUGUGUUCAUUCCUCAUUUCUUGUGACUCUAUUUUUAUUAUUAUUGCUUUCUUGACUCUCUUCAGCCUAAAAACUGAUUUCAUUUUCUCUAUCUCUACUUUUUUCACCUUCUAUCUUCUUCUAGUUUUCCUCCAUUUAUCGCCUCGUUCCCUCUCUCACAGAAAGGGUUUUUGUUCCCUGGCGAUGCGUCGACGUGUCGGCGAGCAGUUUGUUCUCAUCAGUGCUCUACAGCAGCCUUGUGUCUUCACCAGUAAACAUCAACGUUUUCAACUGACAGCAUUACAACCUGUUUCUUUCUUCCUUCUUUUCUCUUCUCUUUCUUUCUUUCUUUCUCUCAUUCUUGUGGGGAGUUCUAUCUGCUGGUAGAGAUCUAGUUCACCGUCUGUUUGGUUUUGUUUAGGGGAUUUUUGUAAUUUAAGGGAAAAUGGAAAGUGUUUGUUGCCUCUUUGUGCUACUGAUUAAGAAAAAGGUAUUUCCAGUAUUUGUUGCCACAGAAGUAUGAUAGCUUAUCAUCGACACCGUUUUUUUGUUUUUUUUGGAAUUUGUAAUUUCUUUGUGCGACUUCUUGAGCUACUGUCUAUAAAGCGAGAAUUUAUUACUAUUUAUGUAACGCUACUACCAUUUUAUAUUGAUUUGUGUUGGAAUCUCAGUGCUUUUCUAUGAAUAAAGUGUGAAACACAUUA